UCCAGUUCAGGCAGGCAGUAUAUCAGCUGUAACGGUUUCAGGUUGAGUGACGUGAAGAGUGCGAACGCUUUGAGGGAUUAUUUCAGGACAAACAAAAAAACACUACAGAGUAAACGAAAAAACAAUUGGGGGGACUCUAUAAUAAAAAUUAUUCCAAUGGUCAAGGCAAUGUAUUCCUCAUUUCUUUUCAUCGUAACCUUACCACCAAUCCUGUUAGCCACCAACAAUUUCAUCGACGAUUACCUAGACGACGCCAAAAUCAAAUACGAUAACGCCAACAAACGAGUAAAACGGAACUUCGUAUUAACCAGCUAUUCCAACCAAGAUAUACCUGAAACGUCAACAUUCGACUUCAUCGUAGUUGGUUCCGGUUCAGCAGGAGCCGUUGUUGCCAACCGUCUCACUGAAACAAAUUUUUCCGUCCUUCUUCUGGAAGUGGGCGAGGAAGCGGUGGAAAUAACUGAUGUUCCUGUUCUAGCUCCUCUGUUUCAAUUCACUGAUCUCAACUGGAAUUACCUCAUGGAAAAAGAAGACAACAUGUGUCUAGGUCUCGUCGAUCAAAGAAUGGCAUGGCCACGCGGUCGUGCCCUUGGCGGUACUUCCAUCAUCAACUACAUGAUCCACGUGCGUGGUAACAAACAAGAUUAUAAUAGAUGGGAAAAAAUGGGCAACCCGGGAUGGUCGUACCGUGACGUCUUCAAAUACUUCAUCAAAUCCGAAGAUUUCUUGGUGAAGCAACAAGACAAGGGAUACCAUGCAACCGGCGGUUACUUAGGAGUACAAGACGUAGCCUUUCAUACCGAGUCAGUGCACGCGUUUGUCAAAGCAGCCCAGGAAGCAGGACACCCAUUCGUGGACUACAAUGGUCGCAAACAAAUGGGAGUUUCCUACGUUCACGCCACCACAAGACGAGGGCUAAGAUCCAGUGCAGAGGCAGCCUUUUUAAGACCCAUCAGGGACCGCAAGAAUUUGAAGAUUUUAACGAAGAGUAGAGCCACUAGGGUACUUAUCGAUGGUCAUAGGAGAGCGUUUGGAGUCGAGUUUCUCAAAGACGGGAAAUACCAUACAGCCAUGGCCAACAAAGAAGUAAUUUUGUCGGCGGGCGCUUUUAACUCGCCGCAGUUGUUGAUGUUGAGUGGGAUAGGGCCACGAAGACAUCUUCAAGAAUUAGGGAUUCCACUCGUACAAGAUUUACCAGUGGGAAGAAAAAUGUACGAUCAUAUAACCUUCUUAGGAUUAAUAUUUACCGUCAACCAAUCUAUAGUAAGCGAUCAGUCAGUAUUAGAACAACCUGUAAAUUUCCUAAAACUGGUUCUAAGAGGUGAAGGUCCUUUGACAACACUCGGAGGAGUGGAGGCCCUUAUGUAUUUCAAAACCAAAGAAUCUGACGAUCCUAGCCCUUACCCUGACAUGGAGCUCAUUUUCAUUUCAGGUGGUAUGCACACAGACAAAGGAUUAUUCUACCGCAAAACCUUCAGAAUCACAGAUGAGAUUUAUAACAAAGUUUGGAAACCCUUGGAGGACAAAUAUGCUUGGCAAGUCCUCCCCAUGUUGGUACACCCCAAGUCCUACGGCUUCUUAGAACUCAAAUCAAAGAAUCCUUUCCACUGGCCAAAGUUCCAUGGGAACUUCUUCACAGAUGCGGGGAACAAAGACGUGAAGACCUUUAUCGCAGCUAUCCGCGAGGUGCAAAGAAUGGCCAAAAUGCCCGCUUGGCAAAAAUAUGGAGCACAACUAGUCACGACUCCUAUUCCAGGAUGUGAACACAAUAUCUUCGACUCAGAUGAUUACUGGGAAUGUGCGCUCCGACACGUCACUGCAACUUUGCACCAUCAAGUGGCUACUUGUAAAAUGGGACCAAGAACUGAUCCAGAAGCUGUUGUUAAUCAUGAGUUAAAAGUUUAUGGAGUGAGAAAUUUGAGGGUUGCUGAUACGAGUGUCAUUCCUAUACCGAUAACUGCGCAUACGAACGUGCCAGCAUAUAUGAUUGGUGAAAAAGCGGCAGAUUUAAUUAAAGCAGAAUGGCUAUGAAAAAAAAGCGUGUAAUAUUGGUUGCAUAAAUCUAUCGCGUCCAGAACAUGAAUAAGCGAGAGUAUGUAAAUCAGAUGGAUGUCUCCGCCCCUGCAAUUCUUGUAAACAAUUAAAAACCAUUAUGGAAUUUGUAAUUAUUAUCAUUAUUUCCAUUCACCAAUCAUGAAGUAUUAUUUAUGAUCAGAACAUGUUUAUAACUUCCUUUUCAUCGAGAAAAAUGCAAUAUUAAUUGCAAAUCAAAAAUGAAUCUUUUUGUCAUAACAACUCCUUGAACUUUUCUGGUACGUGAGUCACUGAAUGCAGAUCUUUUUCUAUGUGAGGGUUAACAAUGGAACUUGAUAUGCAGAUAUGUUUAAUCAACCUAUUCUUCUCUUUUUUAGUGA